GAGAGUAUAUAAUCCAAGUUAUAAUUUGAUAAAAAUCAUUGAGAGAAAGAGAGUUUGGAAACAUUCCAAAACCAGACUCGAAAUAUUUUCACUAAAUAAUGAUACAAACAAGAACUAUCUUUUUAUAAAACUCUUACACCCAAAAUAAAAUAUCUCACUCCUUUUGCCUCAAAUUCUUUCUUUUUACAACAACCCAUAUCUAAAAUCCCCAUUAAAAAGAAAAUUUCAGUAUCUUUGACAUUUUGUCGAACACUUGGACGGCAUAAAAAAAAAGCCUAAACCUUUCUGAUUAACAAUGGCGAAUUCGUCUUCCGACAAGGAGAAGAAGGAAAAUAGUAAGCAGCCCGUGUAUCGUGGAGUCCGUAUGAGGAGCUGGGGAAAAUGGGUAUCGGAGAUUCGUGAACCACGGAAGAAAUCGAGAAUCUGGCUCGGGACAUUUCCGACGGCGGAGAUGGCGAUGCGUGCUCACGACGUGGCGGCUAUGAGUAUCAAAGGAACUUCAGCCAUUCUCAAUUUCCCUGAGCUAUCAGAUUUUUUGCCCCGACCCGCUUCGCUCAGCCCUCGUGACGUCAGAGCUGCGGCGACCAAAGCCGCUCUCAUGGACUUCGAUACGACGCCGUCUCGUUCCGAGACUGAGACGAGCGAAACGACGGCGUCUAAUAAAAGGUCAGAGAGUAGUGAGACUAGCGAAACGACGACGUCGGAUAAAAGGUCAGAGAGUAGUGAGACUAGCGAAACGACGACGUCGGAUAAAAGGUCAGAGAGUAGUGACAGUGGCGAAACGGUGUCGUUCUCAUCGUCGUCUUCGUUCUCUGUGACAAGCAUUGAGGAAAGUACAGUCUCCGAUGAUCUAGACGAGAUCGUUAAGUUACCGAGUCUAGGAACGAGUGUAAACGAGUCAAACGAGUUCGUGAUUUUUGACUCGUUGGAGGAUUUGGUGUACAUGCCUCCGUGGUUAAGCGGUACGGAAGAAGAAGUUUUUACGUAUAACAAUGAUUCUUCGUUGAAUUACUCAUCAGUUUUCGAAUCUUGGAAACAUUUUCCUUGAGAAAAGAACCCAUCUUUUCUCUUUUUUCUUUGGCCAUUUUUGGUCUUAAGUUUUUGAUGGGAUUAAUCUCUCUGUUUUUGCUUUGCGUGAGAUAUCUCUCUUUGUGGAAUAGAUAACUUUUUGUUAA